ACUAUACUAUAGUUUAAUUGCACAUUUGAUCUAUAUGCUAUUUUUGUGUACGAUAACUAUUUAAUUGUAUCCCAAUUCCAAAGCACAGAACUUCACAUGAGGACUCCCACUUCAUCCCAAUUCCAAAGCACAGACCUUCACCUUCAAUUGAACCAAUUGCUCAACACAACCAAAACCAUUGUUCAUCUCAAGCAAACCCAUGCUCUCCUUCUCAAACUCCUAACAAAAACGCCACCCCAUCAUUACCACCACUUCUUGAGUCCUCUCCUACUUCGUGUCCUCAAUUUCAGCUCAGAAAAAUCCAAUAUUUGCUAUGCCCACAAACUGUUUGAUACAAUGCCAAACUGCCCAGAUGCCUUCAUCUGGACCUCUCUUAUACGUGCAUUCCUUUCCCAUCGUGCCCAUUUUCGCCAUUGCAUUUCUACCUACGCUAGAAUGCACCAAAGUGGUGUUUUGCCAUCUGGGUUCACGUUCUCGUCGGUUCUCAACGCGUGUGGGCGCGUCCCGGCAAUGGUUGAAGGAAAACAAGUGCAUGGGAGGUUGGUGCAGUCAGGGUUUGGUGGAAACAAGAUUGUGCAAACGGCACUGCUUGGUAUGUAUGCGAAAUCGGGUUGUGUGUGUGAUGCGCGUGACGUGUUUGAUGGAAUGGAUGAUAGGGAUGUUGUUGCCUGGACGGCUAUGAUUUGCGGGUAUGCGAAGGUGGCAAUGAUGGUUGAGGCGAGGUGGCUCUUUGAUAACAUGGGGGAGCGGAAUUCUUUUACUUGGACUACUAUGGUUGCUGGAUAUGCUAGUUGUGGGGACAUGAAAGCUGCAAAGGAGUUGCAUGAUGUUAUGAGUGACAAGGAUGGGGUUACUUGGGUUGCAAUGAUAGCUGGUUAUGGGAAGCUUGGGAAUGUGACUGAAGCUAGAAGGCUAUUUGAUGGGAUACCGGUGCCGCAGGAUGCAUCAACUUGGGCAGCAAUGCUGGCUUGUUAUGCCCAAAAUGGAUAUGCAAAGGAAGGCAUUGAGAUGUUUAAGGAAGUGAGACAAGCAAAGAUUAAAAUCACUGAGGUGGCAAUGGUGGGUGCUAUAUCAGCUUGUGCACAACUCAGGGAUAUUAGAAUGUCAAAUGCAUUAACAGACCAUAUCGAGGAGGGUUGUUGCGAUAGGACACUUAUUGUUUCCAAUGCAUUGAUCAACAUGCACUCAAAGUGUGGAAACAUAGACUUAGCAUGGAGGGAGUUCAGUACAAUGAGGUGCAGAGAUAUGUAUACCUACAGUGCGAUGAUCACAGCUUUUGCUGAGCAUGGGAAAUCACAAGAUGCUAUAGAUCUUUUCUUCAGGAUGCCGAAGGAAGGAUUGAAGCCAAACCAAGUUACAUUCAUUGGUGUCCUGAACGCAUGCAGCUCUUCAGGUCUUGUUGAAGAAGGUUGUAGGUUUUUUCAGAUUAUGACUGGGGUGUUCGAUAUUGAGCCCUUACCUGAGCACUAUGCUUGCAUUGUUGAUCUCCUUGGGAGGGCAGGGCAGCUGGAAAGGGCAUACAGUCUCAUUAAGGAGAACGCAACUAGCGCUGAUGCAACAACUUGGGGUUCUUUAUUAGCAGCGUGCAGGGUUCAUGGCAAUGUAGAAUUGGGUGAGACUGCAGCUCGGCAUCUCUUGGAGAUUGACCCUGAGGAUUCUGGAACUUAUGUGCUUCUAGCAAACAUGUAUGCGUCGCAGGAUAAAUGGGUGGGUGCAGAAGUAGUUAAGAAGUUAAUGAGUAAAAAAGGAAUAAAAAAACCUUCAGGAUAUAGUUGGAUCCAAAGAGAGAUCAGCAGACAGCAGACAGCAGACAGUAUAAAGAAGAAACACUUUAAUUUGCUCGCUGAUUUCAGCCAGUCAGAUAUCUUCUUUUAAUCAGUGUAACGAAGAAGCUCUUGAAUGACCUUCUGUGCUGUCCAACAUUGUACAUCAUUUGUUGUUGCCGUUAUGCUCAAAACUUUUAGCAAUUGUGGGGUGAGCUUUUAAGUUCUCAGGUUCAUUUUCUGAGCCACCAUACCAUGAAGGCAUGAAGACACUAUAAGCAUGAUUAUUAAUUAUUCUUAUGAAAGGAACCAGCUUCAUGCUGCUGUUGUGGAUUUGUAUUGUGCAUACGGAGCAGAAAUUAAGUACUCUACUGUGCAGAAUUGAUAUCAAUAUGCUGAGGAUGUGGAUGAGAAUGGGGGUAUAUAAAAAGUAGUCACAAAGAGAGGUCUCUCAAGUGGAGCACAUUCAGAUACUGUGGACACAAAUGAAGACAGGAUCCAUGAUUACUUGGAAAUACCCCAGUGCUGUUUCAGAGAGAGAUGAUACUGGUGGGGAUUUUUAUUCGUUUGCUUAUACUUGUUACAAGAAGAGGAGACGAGAUGAAAUGAAGAUUUUGUACAUUAUCAUCAGAAUGAUUUGAAUGAUUAUAGAGUGAUUCUCACAUUAGUACAAGAAGUGGAUCUACGAUUAUUCGAAUGAGAUUCUCAAGCAGCAUCACAAGAGCCAAUAUGAAGAGGAAAGGAAUGUAGAGCAUGCCUAAGAAACAUACCUGUAGCAAUAGUGCCUUUAACAUAUCAGAGGAUCCUUUUCACAGCAUCUCAACGAGUGUCCAGGGGUUUGGACAUGAACUGACAAACUUUAUUAAUAAAAAAAACUAAACUCAGAUCUUGUAAUUUGUGAGAUACUGUAAUGCUCCAACCACUGGCUUGAACAGAGAAGGAUCUGAAAAUCAUCCCUGCUAAUCAUAGGAGAUAAACUAACUUGCAGUCUGCUAUGUUAGUUUUAGCUCGCAUAUCUUGUAUAUAUUUGCUUUGUGUCAAGAAAAGAGAACCUAUGGAAAGA